AUGGCACCCUCUAUCUUUCCAACCUCCGCCGAAAGCUUUGCAGAUAUGGAGGGCAAACACCUCAUCGUCGUCGCCAACCGUCUACCCAUCACAAUCACGAAAGAUGCUUCAGGCGAAUACCACUUCAAAAUGUCUUCUGGAGGGCUUGUAUCAGCCCUUUCCGGUUUCAAGAAGUCGUUGAGCUUCACCUGGAUCGGUUGGCCGGGUUUCUACAUUCCACCGAAAGACCGAGCUUAUGUCGACAAGCGUCUCAUGGAGGAAUACUCCUGUCAAGCUGUAUAUCUUGACGAUGACGUUGCUGAAGGGCAUUACAACGGCUUUUCUAAUUCUAUUUUAUGGCCACUAUUCCAUUACCAUCCCGGUGAAAUGAACUUUGAUGAGGAGAAUUGGCUCAUGUACCGUCAGGCCAACUUCCGAUUUGCAGAAACAGUACGCUCGCAAAUCACACCCGGUAGUAUGGUAUGGGUGCAGGACUAUCACCUUAUGCUCCUUCCCAUGAUACUACGCGGCCUCGUUGACGGGUCAUCAGGAGGGGAAUACCAGAAACAAGAGCUGACGAAGAUCGCGGAGGGUAUUGAAGAGGAAGUUAACAUCUCUUCUGAGAGAAUACCCGACGUCAAGAUAGGGUUCUUUUUGCACACACCCUUCCCCAGUAGCGAAAUUUACAGGAUCCUCCCUGUUCGUCGCGAAAUCCUUUUGGGUGUCCUCUUCUGCGACCUCAUUGGCUUCCACACUUACGACUAUGCUCGUCACUUUUUGUCUUCUUGCACGCGCAUCCUUGGUUUACCCACAAUGCCCAAUGGUGUUGAGUUCGAGGGCCGCUUAGCUCACGUUGGGACAUUCCCCAUUGGCAUUGAACCUUCUUCAUUCAUCAAGAACCUAGAGAAGGACUCCGUCAAAUCUCGCAUCGCUCAACUAGAACAGCGUUUUAAUGGAGUCAAAGUCAUCGUUGGGGUUGAUCGUCUCGAUUACAUCAAAGGUGUUCCCCAGAAACUCCAUGCUCUUGAGCUCUUCUUAACACAACACCCUGAGUGGAUCGGCAAAGUCGUGUUAGUUCAGCUUGCCGUGCCAUCUAGACAAGAUGUCGAAGAUUACCAAAACCUACGGUCAACGGUAAACGAGCUUGUUGGUCGCAUUAACGGUCGUUUUGGUACAGUCGAAUUUAUGCCGAUACACUUCAUGCACAAGAGUCUAGCCUUCGACGAGCUGUGCGCACUUUACGCGAUUAGCGAUGUUUGUUUGGUGACCAGCACGAGGGAUGGGAUGAAUUUGGUCUCGUACGAGUAUAUUGCCUGCCAGCAGGCUCGUCAGGGUGCAAUGAUCCUCUCAGAAUUCGCCGGAGCCGCACAGAGUCUCAACGGAUCAAUCGUCGUGAACCCGUGGGAUCCUCAACAAGUCGCAGACGCGAUUCACGAAGCUGUCACGAUGGAUACAGAGACGCGUGCUGAGAACCACCGCAAACUGUUCAAAUACGUCAAUAAAUACUCCGCGGCCUUCUGGGGCACGAGCUUCAUCAAGGAAAUGAGCAAGCUCAAACAAGACGAUGUGGACAAGGAGGGUCAAGCCGAGUUGAAGCCGAAGAAUGACGAAGGCGCAGGUAGCGAGCUCGUUGGCGGUCAAGUGCCCACGCCGCAGGUGGUAAGCCCAGGUGCAUAG